CUAUCUACAAAUUGGUCAUUUUGACUCAUUUCUGCGGAUGGAAAGCUUUGAAAAUACAAAAUUAAUUUUCUUCCUUCUUCAUCUCCUUCCUUAGUUGGCUUCCGUUUUCGUUAAUGGGGAUUUCCCAUUCCUAUUUUCUAGAGAACCAGAAGUAUUAGUGAGAGAGAGAGAGAGAGAGUGAAGAUGCCAGCAGUUUGGUUCUCCUUAAGGAAAUCGCUCCAUUGUAGGUCGGGCCCAUCAGAUGUGCAUGAGCCAAAGGUCAACAACAAUGGAGGUAAUAGUUUAAGCAACAUAUUAACAAAGAAAUCAGGAUGGUCGGGCUGUUCAAGAUCAAUCUCAAAUCUAAAAGACGUUAUUCAUGGCGGCAGCAAAAGAUACAUGGAAAAGGCUCCAUCUUGCAGCCCAAGAUCCAUCGGUAGCAGUGAUUUUCUCAACCCAAUAACCCACGAAGUUGUCUUCAACAACUCCGCCUGUGAAAUUAAAAUCACAACCUUGAUUGGUACCCAAGAAGGCGCCGUGGGUACCGUAAAACCUGGUACACCUGGUCCUAGGAGAAGAAGUGUGUCUGGGCUCGAUGCGAUGAUUCCUCCAAGACCCAGGGCUUCUUUUGGGAAAGACUGGCCGCCUUCCCCUGUUUUUUCAUCUUCUUUGCUUCAACACUGUCAUAAGUGUGGCGAGAAGUUUGCAAAAUGGGAAGAUGUUGAAUCACACCAUCUCUCCAAACAUGCUGUGACGGAGCUGAUUGAAGGAGACUCGUCAAGGAAGAUAGUGGAGAUGAUAUGUAGAACAGGUUGGAUAAAAUCAGCUCAAAGCUGCGGUCAGAUGGAGAGGAUAUUGAAAGUUCACAAUAUGCAAAACACGAUAGCUCAAUUCGAAGAAUACAGAGAGACGGUGAAGAUUAAAGCCAGUAAGUUGCAGAAGAAGCAUCCUCGCUGUCUAGCCGAUGGGAACGAACUCUUGAGGUUUUACGGGACGACAAUGGAAUGUUCUCUGGGUGAGAAUGGAUCGUCAAGCAUAUGCGUUUCAGAGGAAUGCAAUGUUUGUCAAAUCUUGAAAAAUGGGUUCAGGUCAAAGAAAGAAUCCGGCGGGUUUAGUGGCGUUUUUACAACGUCAACGAGCGGUAGAGCUUUGGAAAUUAGAAAUAAUGAGAAGAGGAAGGCAUUGGUUGUAUGCAGAGUGAUUGCUGGGAGAGUACACAGGCCAUUGGAGAAUGAUAAUGAAAUGGUUGGGCAAAUUGGGUUUGAUUCAGUUGCAGGAAAGAUGGGCGUUUAUUCAAACAUUGAGGAACUCUAUUUGCUUAGCACUAAGGCUCUUCUCCCCUGUUUUGUUGUUAUAUUCAAACCCUAAAAUGCAUGUUUAGUUCUUCAUCCAUCUUCUUUUCUUCAUCUAAUUGUCAAUCUUUAUUUAUUGUUAUUAAUUGAAAUGCAACAAAAUGUCAUUUUUCUUCGUACCCAA